AUGGAAGCCUCUGCCAUGGCGUUGGAAGCACUGAAAGCGCGUCGGCGCACCGAUUACAAAUUUCAGCUUGCGUACCGAACACGAUGGAGUGACAACGACCAAUACCACCAUCUCAACAACUCCGUCUACUACUACCUAUUUGAUUCCAUAGUAAACACCUAUCUCAUCCAGCACUGCGCCCUCCACCCUCCCACUUCGCCUCAGAUUGGCCUCGUCGUCCACUCCCACUGCGACUACCUCGCUCCCAUUGAGUUCCCAGCCGUUGUAGAUCUCGCGCUGAGGGUCAAUAAGCUGGGUAAAAGCUCGGUCACCUAUGAGAUUGGCGUCUUUGCGCAGGGGGAUGAGCAUGUCAGGGCAGUGGGUGAAUUCAUUCAUGUGUUUGUUGACCGUGAUAGUCGCAGGCCGAGUAAGGAGGGGAUGAAUGGAGAGACCAAGAGCGGACUGGAGGCUAUUCGGGUUGAUAGAUCUAUGUUGUGA